AUGAGAUGCUUCAUGUUGUUGACCGGUAGGGUAAAUAUCUAUCGCGAUGGUAAUGGCGUUGGAGAGUUUCUGGAACUUCUGCCGGGUUCCAUCUUUGGUGAGCAACCUUUCAGGAUGGGAGAUGAACAGAUCAAUGAUGCCGUUGGUGGAGCCGCACAUUGCGAAGAACCUUCCAUUGUGGGCAUGCUCACCACGGAUGUCUUGGAGGCUGCAUUCGCGGACCGAAUUUAUGGCAAUCCUCGAAUUGCUCAGAAGAUCCGUCACUCCCCGGCGCUUCAGCGCGCAGUUCUGCCAGAACCAGAUCCUGCAAAGCCCAAAGUGGAGUUGGAGCACCUGUCGGCGCAAGAGAAGGCUGAAGUCUUUGAAACGAUUUCGAGUGCUGUCCGAUCAGGGCUGGAUGAGAUGGCAAAACUUGUGGCGGUGCUUCACCUGAUGCCCGGAGAGCCUAUUUUCACCACAGAUUCACUGGACGAAAGC